ACAGACAACGACAUCAUCAGGUGCACUAUUUUCGACGAUAAAGGCAACAUGAUACACCACGGAAAGGAGAUCCCAAAGCAGAAGUUCAUGAGACUUUACAAUUUGGCCCCUCGAGACUUCAGAAAGAUCUCGCGUCACCAACAUGGCUCCGCAACAGCUUCAUCCACAGUAGUGUCCAAUAUCAAUGUAGAUAUCGUACCGUCUAUUGUAACCAGAACCUACGGGAUUCUCCUCAACUUGCUCAACAUACGGGCGUUGAUAAAGCACGACAAAGUUGUAGUUUUUGAUUCAUUCCGAUCCUCCUCUGGAGGUUCACGAUUGAACGAGUCACAUUCCCAUUCACAGUUUCUUCAUGAUUUGAGCGACAGACUCAGGAAUACUCUGGGAGAAACGUUGCCAUAUGAGUUCCGGGCGUUAGAAUCGAUCUUGAUACAUGCCAUGCUGAAUUUGUCAACGGAAAUGAAAGUCCAUUCUACUGUACUCCAGAAUAUCUUACAUGGACUAGAAGACUCCAUAGAUAGAGAAAAACUACGUUACCUCUUGAUUCGGUCCAAAAAGAUUACCCAGUUCCAUCAGAAAGCAAAGUUGAUCAGAGACCUCAUAUACAACAUGUUGGAGCAGGAUGAUGAAGAGUUGAAUGCGUUGUUUUUGACUGAUAUCUUCAAUGGACAUCCCAGAACAGGUUCCAACCAUGAAGAAGUAGAAUUGUUGCUCGAGUCUUACUACCAGACAAGUGACGAAAUCGUACAAACCGUAGAGAACUUGAUUUCCCAGAUUAAAACGACAGAGGAAAUCAUAAAUGUUGUCUUGGACUCUAAUAGAAACGAGCUCAUGCUACUUGGGCUCAAGUUCUCUACCGGUUUACUUUCCAUGGGUAUAGUAAUGUACACGGCAGCUUUGUACGGAAUGAACUUGGAGAAUUUUAUAGAGGAAACAGAUGGUGGAUUUGAGUUGGUUGUGGUGGUAAGCUCGAUUUCUCUUUUAUUGUUGUACAUGUUCAGCGUUAAACAGUUAUCAAAACUACAGAAAGUCACCAUGACUGGAGUUGGAAGAGAAGAAAGCAUCAUCCAUAACCAUCAGCACCAGAAGAAGUUUUAG